GGUGUUGUUUGAGCCUGAAUUUAUGUUCCUGACUCAUAUGAGUAUUUGUCUGUAGGCUUUGAGAAUGCCUGUCCAAUGAAUCAUUCUGUGACCCAGCAGUGGGAGCAAGUUUGAGAAGCUCAAAUAUCUUUUGACUUUGGAGAUGCAUGUAAAAAAUUCUAAUUCUGAAGGGCAUUUCAAAAGAGAAAUCUUGCCACCACUAAUGAAUCCUCUUUUCUCCUCAGGGCCUGUCAGUGAAAUGGUGGAAUCACCGACAUUUCCAACAUCACACAAAAACAAACAUUUACCAAAAAGACCCAGAUAUUGAUGUGGGUCCACUUUUCCUGGUUGGAGAUUUGCAACCUAUCAAGUAUGGCAAGAAGAAAAUCAAAUACAUUGACUAUGAAAAGCAGCACCUUUACUUCUACAUGGUUGGGCUUCCCCUCCUCAUGCCAGUAUAUUCCAACCUGCAAUCCAUGCAAGUGAUGUACCUCGGAAGAUAUUGGAGGGACAUUGUCUGGGUCAGCAGUUUUUACAUCCGCUAUUUCAUCACAUUUGGCCCUUUCUAUGGAAUCUUCGGAACAGUAUUGCUCAUAUAUUUGGUCAAGUUUCUUGAAAGUCCUUGGAUUGCAUGUGUUACGCAGAUGAGCCACAUACCAAUGAAAAUGAGCAGAGAGGAGAACAGAGACUGGCUCAGUACUCAGGUAGUAAUGAAGUUCCUGGGAGAGGAUCCUUCAAAGCAUAAUGAUUUAGAGUCUGGUUAUCUCCAAUAAUAUGAAUUCAUUCUU